AUGGCUGCCAAGGACAACAAGCCCAAGGUGGCGCCGUCCACCCACCUCAUCGCCGGUGGUAUUGCCGGCUUUGCGGAAGCAUGCACCUGUCAUCCGCUGGACACGAUCAAGGUGCGCAUGCAGCUGUCGCGCCGGGGCAAGAAGGCUGGCGAAAAGCCGCGAGGAUUCAUCGCUACGGGUGCGCACAUCAUCAAGCGCGAGACGCCGCUCGGACUGUACAAGGGUCUCGGAGCGGUGGUUGCGGGCAUUGUACCCAAGAUGGCGAUCCGCUUUAUGAGUUUUGAGCAGUACAAGGCUGCGCUCGCCGACAAGGACACUGGCAAGACGUCGGCACGCGGCGUAUUCCUCGCCGGUCUGGGCGCCGGUACGACGGAGGCCGUGGCGGUGGUCAACCCGAUGGAGGUGGUCAAGAUCCGACUGCAAGCACAGCAGCACUCGCUUGCCGAUCCCCUGGAAGUGCCGCGCUACCGCAACGCUGCACAUGCACUCUACACGAUCAUCCGCGAAGAGGGCUUCAUGACGCUCUACCGCGGUGUGGCGCUCACGGCGGCGCGUCAGGCUACCAACCAGGCCGCCAACUUCACCGCCUACCAGGAGCUCAAGGGUCUUGCACAGCGCGUGCACGGCACGUCGGAGCUGCCCUCGUACGAAACCGCGCUGAUCGGCCUCAUCUCGGGAGCGCUCGGCCCCUUCUCCAAUGCGCCCAUCGACACGAUCAAGACGCGAAUCCAGCGCGCGUCCAAGGUGGAGGGCGAGACGGCGGUGAGCCGUGUGGUCAAGGUGGCCAAGGACAUGUUUGCACAGGAGGGCGCCAGUGCCUUCUGGAAGGGCAUCACGCCGCGUGUGGCGCGUGUGGCUCCCGGUCAGGCGGUGGUGUUCACGAUCUACGAAAAGGUCAAGAGCUACAUCGAGGCUGCCAAGACGGGCGAGUUCAGCCUCAACGACACGCGCUCCGACGAGUAG